ACUGAAGAACUUUACAUUGGCAGAAUGGGCUGUGUUUGCAGUAAUCAGAAGGAACACAAAGAGCAUGUACAUAAACACUCAGCAGCCACCAACAAUUCACAUGUAAGUACUGCUAGACACGGCGCCAACUAUGAUGAAGACAUUGUGAUUGCUCAACAUGAUUUCAAACCAGCCAAUGACAAUGACCUUCCAUUUAAGAAAGGAGAAAAACUCAAGAUAAUUCAGGAAAAUGGGGACUGGUGGAUUGCUAAAUCUUUGCUUACUGGAGAUGAAGGCUACAUACCAUGCACAUAUGUUGCCCGAGUCCACACACUUGAGGUGGAAAGUUGGUUUUUCAAAGAUUUGAGCCGCAGAGAGACAGAACGACUUCUACUUGCUCCAGGGAACAAGAUCGGCUCAUUUCUUGUACGAGAGAGUGAGACAACUGCAGGUGCUUUCUCUCUGUCCAUAAGAGACUUAGCCCCGGAACAUGGUGAUGUGGUUAAGCAUUAUAAGAUCCGUACACUUGAUAAAGGUGGCUACUACAUCUCACCCUCCCUGUCCUUUCAAUCUCUGCAGGAACUGGUUCAGCACUACUCAAGAUCCUCUGAUGGCCUCUGUCAGAAACUUGGAAGCCCGUGUAGGUCUGUUGAUCCUCAGAGGCCUUGGAGUCAGGAUGAGUGGGAGAUUCCAAGGGAAACAUUAAAGAUGGUGAAGAAGUUGGGCGCUGGGCAAUUUGGAGAGGUCUGGAUGGGGUACUAUAAAAAUAACCAAAAGGUGGCCAUUAAGACUUUGAAAGAGGGCAACAUGGAGCCAGCGGCCUUUCUACAGGAGGCUAACCUUAUGAAGAAGCUGCAGCAUGAAAGACUUGUAAAACUGCAUGCCGUAGUCACACAGGAGCCCAUCCUCAUCGUUACGGAGUACAUGUCCAAUGGAUGCCUAUUAGACUUUCUUAAAACUGAUGUUGGCAGGAAACUUAAAAUGCCCAAGUUAAUAGAUAUGACAGCUCAGAUAGCAGAAGGCAUGACCUAUAUAGAAAGAAAGAAUUACAUUCACAGAGAUCUCCGUGCUGCUAACAUACUGGUGUCAGAAACCCUGCACUGUAAGAUAGCUGACUUUGGCCUGGCCAGAAUUAUAGAGUCGGAGUACCAUGCACAGGAAGGUGCAAAGUUUCCAAUUAAGUGGACAGCUCCUGAAGCAAUCAAUUUUGGUACUUUCAGCAUCAAGUCAGAUGUAUGGUCUUUUGGUGUUCUCCUAACAGAGAUAGUCACGUAUGGAAGAGUGCCUUAUCCAGGCAUGACGAACCCAGAGGUGAUCCGUAACCUAGACAGGAGGUACCGAAUGCCGUGUCCAGAUGACUGCCCUGAGGAACUCUAUGACAUCAUGAUGCUUUGUUGGAAAGAGAAAGCUGAGGACAGACCAACAUUUGAGUACCUUCAAGACACACUUAAUGACUUCUUUAUUGCCACUGAGGGCCAGUAUGAGAUGCAACCAUAAGGCUCAUCUACAAUGGACACAAAUACAUGGAUAAAAUUAUUAAUACAUGGGUUGUAGAGGUGGUAAAAGGACAAACCAAAUGAAACGAUACAAGGACAUCUGCCACAUAUGAGGUGAUUAAGACUAACAUACAUGAACUAAUAACUGGAUGCUUGUCAAUGGACUAAUCAAUCAACUUUUUAGUGAAUGCAUAUAAUCAGAAUACUUAAUGGAUGUUAUCAGCAACUUCAAUGGAUUACAUAUCUCGUAUCACAAAUACAUUUCAUCCAGCCACCAUCACCCAGUCUCGAGUAUAGGUCUUACCAGAACUACUUGCAGCCCGGUGCUCAACAGACACAUUUGGCCAUGUCUAUGAAAGGAAAGGUUGGAUGAGGAUUCUUCCUCUUGCCGCUGCAACAGUCUAAGAGGCGGAAGACAAUGGAAGAGGUAGUAUGGUAGUAUGUAAGUGCUCGCUGGAAAAAUCUAUCAUUGGCCAGCGAGGGUGUCGGGGAUGGGGAAAUUUAGUAUCCAAACUGGGUGCAAAAGAUAAAAAGAUAGUUGUGCCCUCACUAGCUGUAAGUAGUUAUGUAAUUUGAAUUUUAAAAGGGCAAGCGAUGAACUCUAUAGAAAACUUCUGAACAUCAAAUACAGCCUUGACAAACAAAAUAUUUUCAGGAUACUGGAUGAAUGUUUGCCAUGUUUGUGCCCAAGACUAUUUUGUGCCCUUUGAAAGGUUUGAAUCACUUUUUCUGGUCAUCUGCCAAUGUGGCCUUUAAAUGAAUAAAUUAAAUAAAAGUUUACUU